UUUGCCUGAAUAUUACAUCCUUAUUGUUCAUGUUGAUAAUAUUCAUUGAGCUUUUAUGUCACAAAAACAUCAUGGGAUGAUAAAUGCUUUCUGCAACCUCCAUUUCUCAGUCUUCCAUUACAGAGUAACAUUCUGCAGUCACACUUGCAGCUCACAAGUCAUCUCUGUGGUUUCCUGUUAAUUUUGUUCUCAUCAGUCUAUAGUGAUUCGCCAGGGGUAAUAUUUACGUUGGUUAGUCAAGCCAAUUGUGGUUAAUUUCAACAUUUUCUGAAGCAUCUAAGAUCUAAAACUACACAUAUCUGGGGAGGCGUCACCAUUAGAAACUUUAUUGAUGCAGAGAACUGAGAGAGAGGUGGGAACGGCGACAGGAUAUCCCCACUUUCACUGGGAAACCUGACACUAAUGAUGAAUUAUUUUCUUGUGUUUUAGGUUUGACGAAAGAAACAUGAUGCUGGUUUCAGUUUUGGUGGUGACUGCACUGCUUGUCAGUGAUAUGAUAUGGACACACAGUUCCUUGGAACUGGAGAGGACUCAGCAUCACCUUGAAAAGCAUGAACUAUCCAGAGAACCCUGUGAUGAAAACUGGUUUAAUUAUUCUCUUUUAAACUCCUGUUACCAGUUUUUCAGUGACAAAAAGACAUGGGAAGAAGCUCAGGAUUUCUGUAAUCAAGACCAACGUUGUGGACAGCUGGCUUCUGUGUAUUCAGCCGAACAUAACAUUUUCAUUUCUAAUAUGAUCAAAUUCGUGAACCAAAGCAGGCCAAAGGCUUGGAUUGGCCUGAAUGACAUUUGCAAGGAGGGAAAUUUCACGUGGAUUGAUGGAUCUUUGUACAGUUAUAGAAUGUGGGGUAACAAUGAACCUAAUAAUGAUAGAGGCAAAGAAGACUGUGUGAACAUUCAUCGUUUCAAUUGCCUUAAACUGGCCCAACAAGAUUUGGAGGAUUCUGCUGCCACGUUCUUGCUGUCAAGAUAUGACCAUAAGCACGUCAACACACCUCUGGAUGAGCCAAAGGCACCUGCUGUUUCUCCACCCAUGGAACAUAGGACCUGAACCAGGCAGAUUGUCUGAGCUCCAGACAGGCUUACAUUGCCAUUUUUAGUGAAUUCUAGGGGGUGGGGACUGUGCAGGGUAAUGUA